AUGAAGCUGAAAGGAAGAAGAAUCACCUGCUGGCUGGUCUCCUUCACUGCCAUCUGCCUGGUGGCCGCCCCUGGUGGCAGAGCCUGUCCUCGCCGCUGUGCCUGCUACUUUCCUACAGAGGUGCACUGCACGUUUCGGUACCUGACCUCCAUCCCAGACGGCAUCCCGCCCCAUGUGGAACGCAUCAAUUUAGGGUACAACAGCUUGGGCAGAUUGACAGAAACAGAUUUUUCUGGCCUGAACAAGUUGGAGUUACUAAUGCUGCAUAGCAAUGGCAUUCACACAAUUCCUGAUAAGACCUUCUCGGAUCUGCAGGCCUUGCAGGUCUUAAAAAUGAGCUAUAACAAAGUCCGAAAACUUCAGAAAGAUACUUUUUAUGGCCUCAGGAGCUUGACGCGGUUGCAUAUGGACCACAACAAUAUUGAGUUUAUAAACCCAGAGGUUUUUUAUGGACUCACCUUUCUCCGACUGGUGCAUUUGGAAGGAAAUCAGCUGACUAAGCUCCAUCCAGAUACAUUUGUCUCUCUUCGCUACCUCCAGAUAUUUAAAACAUCUUUCAUUAAGUACUUGUACUUGUCUGACAACUUCCUGACCUCCCUCCCUCAAGAGAUGGUCUCCUAUAUGCCCAGUCUGGAAAGCCUUUAUCUUCAUGGAAACCCAUGGACCUGUGAUUGCCAUUUACAAUGGUUGUCUGACUGGAUACAGGAGAAGCCAGAUGUAAUAAAAUGCAAAAGAGACAGAAGUCCCUCCAGUCCUCAGCAAUGCCCACUUUGCAUGAACCCCAGGGCCACCAAAGGCAAGUCCUUUGCCAUGGUCCCAGCUGCAGCUUUCCUAUGUACCAAGCCCACUAUUGACCCAUCCCUGAAGCUUAAGAGCCUGACCAUUCUGGAAGACAGUGGUUCUGCCUCCAUCUCCCCACAAGAUUUCAUGGCACCCUUUGGCUCCCUCACCUUGAAUAUGACAGACCAGUCUGGAAAUGAAGCUAACGUGGUCUGCAGUAUCCAGAAGCCUUCAAGGACAUCAUCCAUUUUGUUCAUUGAAGAAAAUGACUACAUCAUGUUAAACAUGUCGUUUUCCACAUUUAUGGUAUGUGACGUAGAUUACAGCCGCAUUCAGCCAGUGUGGCAAGUUCUAGCUUUGUACAGUGAUUCUCCUCUGAUACUGGAAAGGAGCCAUUUGAUCACUGAAACACCACAGCUCUGUUACAAAUAUAAACAGGUGGUUUCUAAGCCUGAAGACGUUUUCACCAACAUAGAAGCUGAUCUCAGAACAGAUCCCUCUUGGUUAAUGCAAGACCGAAUUUCCUUGCAACUAAACAGAACUGCUACCACACUCAGUACAUUGCAUAUCCACUACUCAAGUGAUGCUCAAGUCACUUUACCGAGGACAGAGACGAGGCCAGUGAGGCACAAAUGGACCAUAAUUCCAAGGGAUAACAAUACUAAGCUGGAACGCACUGUUUUGGUUGGUGGGACCACUGAACUGGACUGCCCAGGCCAAGGAGACCCCACUCCACAUUUGGAGUGGCUUCUAGCUGAUGGGAGUAAAGUGAGAGCUCCUUAUGUUAGUGAGGAUGGACGAAUCCUAAUAGACAAAAGUGGAAAAUUGGAACUCCAGAUGGCUGAUAGUUUUGACACAGGCGUAUACCACUGCAUAAGCACCAGUUACGAUGAUGCAGAUCUUCUCACCUACAGGAUAACUGUGGUAGAGCCCUCUGUGGAAGCCCACCAUGAAAAUGGGGCUCAUCACACAGCUUUCAUUGGUGAAACACUUGAGCUUCCAUGUCAUUCUACUGGUAUCCCAGAUGCCUCUGUUAGCUGGGUUCUUCCCGGAAACACUGUGCUCUCUCAGUCCUCAAGAGACAAGCAAAUUCUUAACAAUGGCACAUUAAGAAUAUUACAGGUCACCCGAAAAGACCAGGGUCAUUAUCAGUGUGUAGCAGCCAACCCAUCAGGGGUUGAUCUUUUGAUUUUCCAAGUUUCAGUCAAAAUAAAAGGACAAAAGCCAGGGGAGCACGAUGGGGAAGCAGAUGGCUCUGGACUUGAUGAACCCAAUACCGUUGCUCACCCCAAGGAGCCACCAGCUGUGCACCUCCCUACAUCUGCUCUGAUAGAGGCUGAGGUUGGAAAACAAGUAUCAAGCACAAGUAAGAAGCACAACUAUCGGGAGUUAAUACACCGGCAACGUGCAGAUUCGACAAAUCGACGUUUCAGGGAGCACAGGAGGCAGUUUCCUCCCUCUGCUCGGAGAAUUGACCCGCAACGUUGGGCAGUGCUUUUGGAGAAAGCUAAGAAGAAUGUUGCCCCAGAGAAACGAGCAAAUAGCACAGUACAGCCGACUCCACUGGUCACCCAGCUCCUGAAACUACCUGGUGAGGAAGAAGAAAGCUCAGCUGUGUUCCCUCCAGGUGAGGAACUUACGGUUCUGGCAACUAGAGCUCCAGCUGUUCCAGCAAGGGCAGUUACUGCUAAUUCCAGAACAAUAUCCGAUAGCCCUGUGAUGGGUAUAAUAACUUCUGGCGCUGAAGCCUCCCCAGUUGUGAGUCCACAAAUACUACCACCUGAAAACCCUAUGGAUUUCAACCUAUAUACUGCUGUUAAAACUACAGCCAUGCCAAUGAAUCUAAAUCCAACCACAUCAACUAAAAUGCAAGACACAACCAACCAAAACUUACACACUAUCUUACCUCUACUAUCUGAAGCAACUGAACUUCAGGACAUGGACCAGAUGGGGAGAGGAAGAGAGCCUUUCCCAAGUACAUCUCCAAUAACAGUGGGGACUAUGAUCCACGAUGUCAAUAUCAAAAUGCUUGGCAAUGCUAACAGCAAAGCUGGUGUAUUCUUAGUGUCGGUCAAUACAACGAAUGGUCAUCACACAUCUGGGACAGCAGUCAGUGAACCCAGGAGCAAUCACAUCUACUCUCAGACGCCUGAAAAACUUAGCACCUCUGUGCUCCCUACCAAUUCAUAUGCUCCUGCCAAUUCUCAGGUACAGAUUCCUAGAAAUAGUGCAACUAACACUGCACUCUCCAGACGCUUUGGGAGACGGAGGAAAAUUUGGGGCAGGGGGCGAAUAAUCAGCCCGUACAGAACUCCAGUUCUUGGACGGCAUAGACAGAGCUUUGUGAGAGCAAGAUCCCGAGGUUCUUCUGAAGACAGCACCACUGCGUUUUCAGCCACAGAGCACAGUGCGAUGUGCCCAUUCUGUUCGCCCAGAGAGAGGCUCGCCCCUGCUACAGCAGCGCUGUCUCUUCCAAGUUCUUCCUCGGCCACCUUCCUCCAAGCUGGUAUCGCCACAGCCACAUCAGAAGACUCUACAACUUCACUCCAGAAUCCACCAUUGCUAUCUGACAACAAACCAAAUGUACACAUUGAGAAAACAACACCCACAAUAAAAUAUUCCAGUGCUGAAAGUAUCCAAGUGACUCCAACUGGUGUGGGCAGGACUCAUGCCCCAAUAUCCGUAUAUAUGGAAAAAACUCAUUUAAUGAAUACUGGUUACCCAGAUGUGCUUAGCACCCGUGAAACAAAAAGAGAUUCAUUGAUUAUAUCGCCACUUUCAGACCCCAUCACCAAGCCAUCUAUGCCUAGUACUACCGCCAUUACAAGACUUUCAAGAAGGAAAAUUCCCUGGCAUCACAUCUUUGCCAAUAACUAUAUCCAGAAAGAGUGGUUAAAAAAUCUGCAUAAAUUUGGUUCACAAAAAAGCACAGCCACAGUCCCUCCAAAAAUACCUCCUGCUUUACCCACAGAUAAAGUUUCCCCCUUCCAUUUAACAACACUUUCAGCAAGUGUGAUGCAAAUUCGACCUGUAACAUUGGCUACAACUCACCACCAUACCACUGAAGCACACAGUCCUAGAAGUCUCCCAGCGACAAAGGAGCGGACCUUCCCACCCCUUUACUCUACAGUUGCUAGUAUCGCGAGCAAAGAAUCACAUACAACAAACUUCAUAUCAGCACAAGCAACCACACUGACAGCUCCUCCUACUGCCUCUGCAUCUAUCAUUAUCAGUAAAAUCCAAACAGCCAGACCUGGGCCACAAAAAGUACAAAGACAAAAGGAACCCCAGAAGAACAGGAAUGACCCAAUCAUCUCUCUAGGACAGAGUUCUGGCUUCACCACAUCCACUGUUACGGCACCUCCUGUUCUAACCACAGUUGAAGCUUCAACCAAGUCCAGUGGCUCUGCUUUCACCCAUUCUCCCCUAGAAAAUCCAAAAGGAAUCCCAAGCACAAUUGGUCUCCAUUCGAGAACUCUUAAUCGGACAGAUGUAAUUGAAGAACUCCGCCAAGAGAAUACUCAGGCUUUGAAGAGCACAGCUGCUUCUGAGACACCUUCGUCUCGCGGCCAACACCAGAGUACCCCAAGCAGGAACACAAUCAUCAGACACACAACCGUGCCACCAUUCCUGAGCAGUCCUGCCACUCCAAAGCCAAUUCCCACCCCUCCCUUUACUCCAAGUGCAGUUACUGACAGUGUGGCAACUCCCACUUUCAGGAUGAUGGCCAAUACAAUGGACGAGCCGUCUGAGUCCUCAAGGCAGGAUGCUAAUUCACACCAGGAAGCAGCAGAGGCUGCAACGUCUCCCAAAGUUCACCCGAAUGCCAAGUUCACAAUCGGAACCACCUACUUCAUCUCCUCUGAUGAGUUACGUUCUACUCCUGUGCCAGCACUGAGCACAGCGAAACCACAGAGUUCUAAACGGACUCCCACUCCCUGGUCAGAAAACCAAUUUUGGCACAAGUCAUACCCAGAAAUUGCUGACAAAGGCAAAGAACCAACAGGAAGCAUGUUGACCCCUCUCAACGUGCCAGAGGACACCACUCCUGCAUCAAACUGGGAUGGACGGAAGACUGCAGAGAAGACUGGCUUUGAGAAGACACACGCUAAAAAAAUAAGCACUUCUGAAUUCCUUCCCUUUGACUCGUUGCCUCGGAAUGCGUUUGAAAAGCCCAGAAUAGUUGGAGGGAAAGCUGCAAGUUUUACGGUUCCUGCUAACUCAGAUGCCUUUCUUCCCUGUGAAGCCGUGGGAACCCCCCUGCCCACCAUCCACUGGACCAGAGUCUCAUCAGGACUUGGUUUUUCUAAAAGGAAACACAACAGCCGCUUCCAGGUUCUCCUCAAUGGUACACUGUUCAUCCAAAGGGUAGACAUUCAGGACCGCGGACAGUACCUGUGCUCUGCUUCCAAUCCUUUCGGCACCGACUACCUUCAUGUCACUCUAUCCGUGGUUUCCUAUCCCCCCAGGAUCCUGGAGAGACGGAUCAAAGAGAUCACAGUUCAUUCCGGAAGCACUGUUGAAUUAAAGUGCAGAGCUGAAGGGAGGCCGAGCCCUAUGAUUUCCUGGAUUCUGGCCAACAAAACAGUGGUCUUAGAAACAUCUAAAGGAAGCAGCCAGGCUCUGGUGAAAUUGGAUGGAACACUGGUUAUCCGCAAUCUCAGCGUUUAUGACCGCGGCUCUUACAAAUGCACGGCCAGCAACCCAGCUGGCCAGGACUCACUGCUGGUUAAAAUACAAGUCAUCGCAGCCCCACCUGUUAUUCUAGAACAAAAAAGGCAAGUCCUUGUAGGGACUUGGGGUGAAAGUGUGCGACUCCCCUGUACUGCAGAAGGAACUCCUCAGCCCAGUGUUCACUGGGUCCUCUCUGACGGCACUGAAGUGAAACCCCUGCAGUUUAUCAAUCCCAAGGUGUUCUUAUUUUCAAAUGGAACGCUGUAUGUUAGAAACAUAGCCUCUUCAGACAGGGGCACUUAUGAGUGCAUUGCUACCAGCUCCACCGGCUCGGAGAGAAGGGUGGUAAUGCUUACGGUGGAAGAGCGAGAGACCAUUCCCAGGAUAGAAGCUGCAUCCCAGAAAUGGACAGAGGUGAAUUUUGGGGACAAGUUACUACUGAACUGCUCAGCUACUGGAGAACCCAAGCCCAAAAUAAUGUGGCGGUUACCGUCCAAGGCUGUCAUAGACCAGUGGCACAGAAUGGGCAGCCGAAUCCAUGUCUACCCAAACGGAUCGCUGUUUAUUGCAUCAAUAACAGAAAAAGAUGGUGGUGACUACUUGUGUGUUGCCAGAAACAAAAUGGGGGACGAUCUGAUCUGGAUGCACGUCAUUCUACGCCUGAAGCCUGCCAAAAUUGACCACAAGCAGCAUUUUAAUAAACAGGUGCUUCAUGGGAAAGAUUUCCAAGUUGAUUGCAAGGCUUCUGGCUCCCCAGUGCCUGAAAUAUCUUGGAGUCUCCCCGAUGGAACAAUGAUUAACAAUGCAAUGCAAGCAGAUGACAGUGGCCAUAGGACCCGGAGGUACAUCCUUUUUGACAAUGGAACCUUAUACUUCAACAAAGUUGGGGUAGCAGAGGAAGGAGAUUAUACUUGCUAUGCCCAGAACACCCUAGGGAAGGAUGAGAUGAAGGUCCACCUGACUGUGGUAACAGCUGCCCCACGGAUAAGGCAAGCUUCUAAGACCUACAUGAGAGUCGAGGCUGGAGACACAGCCGUCCUUGACUGUGAGGUCACUGGGGAACCCAAGCCAGGAAUAUUUUGGUUGCUGCCUUCCAAUGACAUGAUUUCAUUCUCCAACAACAGGUACACGUUUCAUGCCAAUGGGUCUUUAUCCAUCAGCAAAGUAAAACUGCUUGAUUCUGGGGAUUAUGUGUGCGUAGCCCGAAAUCCCAGUGGGGAUGACACGAGAAUGUACAAACUGGAUGUUGUCUCCAAACCUCCAUUAAUCAAUGGCCUGUAUGCAAACAAAACUGUUAUGAGAGCCACGGCCGUGAGGCAUUCCAAGAAGCACUUUGACUGCAGAGCGGAAGGGUCACCAACUCCUCAGGUCAGGUGGAUCAUGCCAGACAAUAUUUUCCUCACAGCCCCAUACUACGGGAGCAGAAUCACAGUCCAUGAAAAUGGGACCUUGGAAAUUAGGAAUGUGCGGCUUUCUGAUUCGGCCGAUUUCAUCUGCGUGGCUCGGAAUGAAGGUGGAGAGAGUGUGUUGGUGGUGCAGUUAGAAGUACUGGAAAUGCUGAGAAGACCGACAUUCAGAAAUCCAUUCAAUGAAAAAGUAGUUGCCCGCCUGGGCAAGCCCACAGCAUUGAAUUGCUCUGUUGACGGAAACCCAGCUCCGGAAAUAAUCUGGAUUUUACCAAAUGGCACACGCUUUUCCAGUGGAUAUCGCAAUUCUCAGUUUCGGAUUGCAAGCAAUGGUUCUUUUAUCAUUUAUAAAACAGCUCGAGAGGAUGCAGGGAAGUAUCGUUGUGCGGCAAGGAAUAAAGUUGGCUACAUUGAGAAAUUAAUCGUAUUGGAAAUCGGCCAGAAGCCAGUUAUUCUUACUUACGCACUAGGGACGGUGAAGGGUAUCAGUGGAGAAUCUCUAUCGCUGCAUUGUGUGUCUGACGGAAGCCCUAAACCCAACAUCAAAUGGACUUUACCAAGUGGUCAUGUAAUAGACAGGCCCCAAACUAAUGGGAAAUACAUAUUGCAUGAAAAUGGCACCUUAGUCAUCAAAGAAGCAACUGCUUAUAACAGAGGAAACUAUGUUUGUAAGGCUCAGAACAGUGUUGGCCACGCACUGGUCACUGUUCCGGUAAUGAUUGUAGCCUAUCCUCCUCGAAUUACAAACCGCCCGCCCAGGAGUAUCCUCACAAGGACAGGAGCUGCGGUGCAGCUCCACUGUGUGGCCUUGGGAGUGCCCAAGCCAGAAGUCACGUGGGAGAUGCCCGACCACUCCCUGCUGUCAACGGAGGGUAAAGGAAGGCCACAUGGCAGUGAGCUGCUGCACCCACAGGGGACCAUGGUCAUUCAGAACCCUCAGACCUCGGACUCUGGGAUUUACAAAUGCAUAGCAAGGAAUCCGCUGGGGAGUGAUUAUGCAACAACUUAUAUUCAAGUAAUCUGAUAUGAAAUAAAGUGAAAAGACAGCACUGUAUGAAUAAAGCCAACAUCUGGACAGAGCUUAUUUUUUGGAAGAAGUUUAAUCAAAGGCAGCCAGAGGCGUGUAAAUGAACUUGAAUACUUUUACAAUACUCAAUUUACAAUGGACAUGCAAAAAAAGACUUGUAAAUAAAUGCAUUAUGAAC